CUGAGGCGGGAAGCGCGAGCUGGGGCGCCAUGGCCGGAGGUGGCGGUGCGCGCCCGGCGCACUGUCGUCUGGUCUCGCGUUCUGGGAGUCCCGGGCUGGAGGUCCCCCCUGCGUCACUGACCAUUCCUCGCGCGGAAGCCCGUCCCGCUGGCGGAGGCGAAAGGUCGCGGCGCGCUGCCCUAGACCGGUGCUCGGGAGGCGUCCCUUCCCCUGCAGCUUGGCAGCAUCCCUUCCUCAACGUAUUCAAACACUUCAGGGUGGAUGAGUGGAAACGGUCCAGCAAAGAGGGAGAUGUGGCCGUGGUGACGGACAAGGUCCUGAAGAGCGCCGUGUAUCGCAUCCGUGGGUCUGUUUCUUCCAGCAACUACAUUCAGCUCCCCAGAACCAGCACCCAGUCUCUGGGGCUGACUGGGCGGUACCUGUAUGUACUUUUCCGGCCCCUGCCUACCAAGCACUUCGUUAUCCACCUGGAUGUGUCCACCGAGGACGGCCAGGUCAUCCGUGUGUCUUUCUCCAACCUCUUUAAGGAGUUCAAGUCCUCUGCCACAUGGCUUCAGUUCCCCUUUGUCUUCGAGACGAAGACGUCCAGAAGAGACCUGGCAGGUGUAGCUCCUCCUGACGUCCGCUGGACCUGCCUGCAGCUGGACCUGCAUGACAUUUUGAUGUUCUAUCUGAACCGGCACUAUGGCCACCUCAAGAGCAUCAGGCUGUGUGCCAGCCUAUUAGUCAGAAACCUCUACACCAGUGAUCUGUGCUUUGACCCCGCUGUCACUGUCACUGAGGCCCGGCGUGCAAAGCUGCCUGUCAACCCCGUACCUCGAGAAAUGGCCUUCCCGGUGCCAAAAGGGGAGAGCUGGCAUGACCAUUACAUCCACGUUCGGUUUCCAAGCGAUGGCUCAAAAGCGCCUUAUGAGCAGGUUGAGAAGAGCUGCCCCCCUCCAGAGGCAGUCUUCUUAGGGCAUGUGUCACGGCGCCUGCCUCAUCCAGUGGUCUUUGGCAAACCUUUGCUGAGCCGUGGGUCCCCUGUGGCCCAGAUCUCUGGUCCCAUAUUGCCCUGCCAGGUCCCCUCAGCACCCAGACUCCUUCCAGAGGUCAGCCUGACCUACAAGCAUCCAGAGGUCUCCAGUGUCCGUGCCUCCGGCAUCCCUGGCCCACGUCCUUCAGCCUGGGACGAGGCCACUGAUGCACACGCAGUGGUCAGGGGUAAACAUGUACUUGCUGACAAAUCGUCUGGGGUGCCCAUGGCCCUUGAGGACCUCGGCUCCUGUAAGCUCUUUCUCCCAGACCCAGUCCUGAGGCUCAAGGGAGUCAUCGGUUUUGGGGGUCACAGCACCCAGUGGGCCCUGUGGACCAAAGAUGGCGAGUCUGUUGUUUACCCCUGCCAUGCAGUCAUCGUCGUCCUACACGUUGAUACUAGACAGCAGAGAUUUUUCCUUGGCCACACAGACAAGGUCUCUGCCCUGGCACUUGAUGGGAAUGAUACCCUGCUAGCCUCAGCCCAAGUGCAGCCUCCCAGCAUGGUGCGUCUCUGGGACUUCCAGACUGGGGGAUGCCUGUCCCUCUUCCGAAGCCCACUGCACACCAUCUGCUCCCUCAGCUUCUCCGGCAGUGGGGCGCUGCUCUGCGGUGUGGGCAAGGACAAGCACGGGAAGACGGUGGUGGUGGCCUGGGGCACAGACCAGGUGGGCCUUGGUGGCGAGGUAGCGGUUCUUGCAAAGGUGCACACUGAUUUUGAUAUUCAGAGCUUCCGGAUUGCCUUUUUUGAUGAAACCAGGAUGGCGUCCUGUGGUAGGGGCAGCGUGCGGCUGUGGCGCCUGCGGGGUGGCGCCCUGCGCUCCUGUGCGGUGGACCUAGGGGAGUACUGUGCGCUGGAGCUCACUGACCUUGCCUUUGCACAGGCCCCGGACGGCCACCGGGCGCCUUCGGCCAGCAUACUCUUUGUGUGUAGCCACAGCGGCCACAUUCUGGAGAUUGACCACCAGCACAUGGCUGUGCAUCACAUCCGCCGCCUGCUACCCGCACGGCCCUCUGCUGUCCCGCUCACCGAGAAGCAGGACCUCAGCUUAGGGUCCGGCAUUGCCAUCAUUAGCCUCGGCGUCUCUACUGCCACGUGUGCCGUGGGCUCUGAGGAUGGCUACCUGCGACUCUGGCCCCUGGACUUUUCCUCGGUGCUCCUAGAGGCCGAGCACGAUGGCCCUGUCGGUUCAGUCUCCUUCAGUCCCGAUGGCCUGCGUGUGCUGUCCACCACUACCUCAGGCCACCUGGGCUUCCUGGACGUCCCCUCCCGGGAAUACACGGUGCUGGCCCGCUCCCACAUGGCCCCGGUGCUGGCGCUGUCUACAGAACAGAACCGGGGACAGAUGGCCACUGUGUCCCUUGACCACACUGUUCGCAUCUGGGAUCUGGCUACCCUCCAACAGCUGUAUGACUUCUCGUCCCCUGGUGAAAGCCCUUGUGCCGUCGCUUUCCACCCCACAUCGCCAAACUUCUUCUGUGGCUUCAGCAGUGGGGCUGUACGCUCCUUCAGCCUGGAGGACUCUGGAGUCCUGGUAGAACACACGCGACACCGAGGGGCCAUCACCAGCCUGGUCAUCACCCCUGACGGCAGAUUCCUGUUCAGCUCCUGCUCUCAGGGCUCCCUGGUCCAGUACAACUGUGCCGUCUCCCGAUGCUGCGUCCUACGUGUGGCAGCCAACACGGUAUAUCAGGAUGGCCGCCCCAACCCCAGUGUUCUGGCAGUCAGUGGAGACAGCUGCCGACUGGCCUUUGUGGGCCCCUCUAAGUGCAUGGUGACAGUCAUGGAGUCAGCCUCCUUGGACGAGCUACUACAUGUGGACGUCAGCACCCUAAACCUGGCCAGCAGCCACCUGGACUGGGCCGUGGCCGUCUGCUUCAGCCCUGGGGACUCAGGCCAUCUGCUGGUGUCCACAUCCUCUAACAAGAUUGUGGUACUGGAUGCUGUGUCGGGACACGCUCUCCGGAAGUUUUCCAGUGUCCGCUCCAGAGCCUGCUCCUCUCUGGCUCUUAGUGAGGAUUCGAGUUUGCUGCUGGCAGCCACUGGCCGGACCAUUACAGUGUGGGAUUAUCCAGCACAGGGAAACUCUGGGUGCCAGGUAUACAUUGGCCACUCUGAGCCUGUGCGUGCUGUAGCCUUCACCCCUGAUCAGCAGCAGGUCCUCAGCGUGGGGGACGCCAUCUUCCUCUGGGAUGUCCUGGCCGCCCCUGAGAGUGACCCAAGUGAACCUGGGGCCCCCCCAGUCCAUGAGGCCGAGACUGCCUCCCUAACAGACGGAUCGGAUAUGUCCAGCCCUUAUACAGUCUUUCUGUCUUCAGGCUCCAGCGCAGGACAGCUGGAGGACCUGGCAUCUGGGGCCAGUGGCCUCCCUCGACAGCAAGUGCCCAUACCAUCUCUGGCAUCCCCAUCCCCAUUGGGUGUCCAUGACAGGCCCUUUGAAGGCAGCGCUGGCACCUUCUCCACAUCGGAUGAGGAAGGACCCUGUGAGGAAAACCAUGGUUCUGAGGCAUUCCUUCAGGCCCAGGCGCCGACCCCACCUGUGCUCCUGGAGAGGGAGGCCAGUGGAGUGGGGGAUGGUCCUCGGGAGGCUGCAAAGGGCUCUUGGGCACCAGCUGCAGCUCCUUAUCACCGCAGCCAGACCGGUGAAUGGAGCCUUUGGAGAGUCAAGGCUGGGCUCCCAACCCGUCCGGACUCCUACAAGCACUUCACAGCUCGAUAUAAGGCCUCUACACGGGUCAAGAGUGUCUCCUUCCCUCCCGCUGGCAGGGAGCAGCUGCGACUGAAGGCCGUCGUGGGCUACAACGGGAACGGGCGGGCCAACAUGGUCUGGCGGCCCAAUACAGGCUUCUUUGCCUACACGUGUGGUCGGCUGGUGGUGGUUGAGGACCUGCAUUCCGGCACCCAGCAGCACUGGCUUGGCCAUCCCCAGGAGAUCUCUACUCUGGCACUCAACCAGGAUGGCCAGGUCUUGGCCUCUGCCUCCUGCUGUGGCGACACAGCCGCCCGCUGUCAGAUCCGAAUUUGGGAUGUGCCCAAAGGCCUCUGUCAGCACGUCCUUGCCCACCAUGACACAGCUGUACAAGCUCUGGCCUUCUCACCAGAUGAUGAGUUCCUUGUGACACUGGGGGACUAUGCUGACCUCACCCUUGCCUUGUGGAGCAUGGCCACCUAUGAACUCCUGUCAUCUACUCGCCUCCCAGAGCCUGUGCAUGGUGUGGCCUUCAACCCCUGGGAUGCCAAUGAGCUCAUCUCUGUGGGCACAAGUGCCAUUACCUUCUGGCUCCUGCAGCACCAUGGGACAGACCCCAGCUUCCAGGUACACCGAGAACCAGUCCCUGAGGAACUGGGGACAUCCGAGUUGACCUCACUCUGCUAUGGGGCCAGCCCCCUGCUCUACUGUGGCUCCAGCUCUGGCCAGGUCUGUGUCUGGGACACUGGCACUGGCCGCUGCUUCCUGGCCUGGGAGGCUGAUGAAGGCGAGAUUGGAGUGCUACUGUGCUCGGGUUCGAGACUGGUCAGUGGAAGUAACACAAGAAGGUUGCGCCUUUGGGCUGUGGGGGUUGUGCCAGAGCUGAGGCGCAAGGGCUCGAGUGCCAGAUCCAGUUCUGUUCUAAUGGAGCGUGAGCUGACCCUGGAUGGGGCUGUUGUGAGUGCCAGCUUUGACAGUGGCAUGGACAUGGGUGUAGUGGGCACCACAGCUGGCACACUCUGGUACAUCAGCUGGACAGAGGGCACUAGCACCCGCCUCAUCAGUGGCCACAGGAGCAAGGUAAACGAGGUGGUCUUCAGCCCCAGCGAGUCUCACUGUGCCACUUGUGGCGAGGAUGGGAGCGUGAGGGUAUGGUCUUUGGCCAGCAUGGAGCUGGUGAUCCAGUUCCAAGUGCUGAACCAGAGCUGUCUCUGCCUUGCGUGGACCCCCCCAUCCUGUGGACGCCCAGAGCAGCAGCAGGUGGUGGCAGGCUACAGUGAUGGCACACUUCGAGUCUUCAGCAUCUCUCGUACUGCAAUGGAGCUCAAGAUGCACCCGCACCGGACUGCUCUGACAGCCAUUGCCUUCUCCACUGAUGGUCAGACCAUCCUAUCUGGAGACAAGGAUGGGCUUGUGGCUAUAAGCCGCCCCUGUACAGGAAUGACCUUCCGAGUACUCAGUGACCACCGGGGUGCCCCCAUCUCUGCUAUCCAGAGCACAAGCAAAGAGUAUGAAGACCUAGGGGUAGAGGGUGGAGAACUGUGGCUGGCCGCGAGCGGGGACCAGCGGGUCAGCAUCUGGGCCUCUGACUGGCUCCGGGACCGCUGUGAGCUCCUGGAGUGGUUGAGCUUCCCUGCACCUGCCACCUCAGAGGCUCUGGGCCUCCUGCCCCCGUCUCUUGCUGCCUUCUGCCCUUGGGACAGGGCGACACUGGUGUGCGUGGGCCUUGGCGCACAUGAAGAGGUGUUCUUCUACAGCCUCCGCCAGAAGCAGGUAGUGCAGAAGACACCGCUGCCCUUCUUUGCCAUGUCCCUGAGCCUGUCCCCAGGGGCCCAGCUCAUGGUGGUUGGCUUUGCUGAAUGCAUGCUGAGGCUCCUAGACUGUGUGUCAGGGACUGCCCAGGACUUUGAAGGCCAUGAUGACUCAGUACACCUGUGUAGGUUCACCCCGUCUGGCAAACUGCUCUUCACAGCUGCUCACAAUGAGAUCCUGGUGUGGGAAGUCGCCAGCCCCUGAACUAUUGCUAGGAUCAUAGGCAGAAAAGCCAGGCUGUGGAUUGCUGUAUGCUGAGCCAGGAUGGCUGGGACAGGCUCCGGGACUGCACUGUCUUGAAUGUGGGUGACCUGAACAGCUUUAAGGAGGCUGAGGGUAUGGCAAUGUCUUAGAAUGUGUGAAGACAUGGAUUUGAUCCCCAGAAUCACUCCCCGCCACACACACACAGAAGACUUAGUGUACUGGGAAGGUUUUUCCGCACAAGGUUGUUUUAUUGUUUUUAUUUUGUACAGUUUAAAUAAAUAAAAGCUGGCAUUUGUUCUAUUGA